UUUUUUUUUUCUCCUAUCUUCAUUCUCCACUAACGCCUCGUCAAUCGCACCUGCCGCAUUCAUGCACUAGUUUACUCAUUUCUAUUGCCAUCAUCAUAACUGACUCUUCAUCAUUUUAAUAUCUAAUCUUAAAUCUGAUCAACUUGCCUCUCUCUGUUUCCUGUUCCUCUCUCUCCUCUCUUUUUAUUUGCAUCUUGCCUCAGGAUAACCAUGGAAACACAACAUGUGUCAAACCCAUGGCAACAACAGCAAAGACAAUUCAAUAAGCAGGACAUUUACAAUAUGAAUUCGACUAAAAAUAACUCCUUCCCACUAACUGAUGAAGAGACUCGCUCGUUUGAUGACUUUUUUGAAGACCAUAAAAAAGUCUUUUAUCAGUCGCAGCAACUCUUGCAACAAUUAAAACAACAACAACAGCAGCAUCUUCAGAAAAAUACCACUGAACAUCAGUUUAAUAGGGACAAUGGAAGUGAAUAUGACGACGAGGACGGUGAGACAGACAGUCAAGACACUGCCUGGAGCCGACUAGGAAUGGAAUCACCUCUGAACCAGUCCACUUCUACUCUUACAGAUUCAACCACAGUAUUCCUAAUGACAGAUUCAAAGUUUGACAAGGAGGGGGAUGUCCUUGAAUUGUUGGUCCAAACACUUCAGUCCGAAGUAAAGGACACUCGGGCUACAGUUCACGACCUCGAAACAAGACUGAAUUUGGCUGAAGACUCUAAUAAGCGCAUUGUAGAAGAGCUCAAAAUGCUUCUUGCAGAAGCCGAAAUGACGCUACAAAAUGCCGGAGAAGCAAUUAACAACAGCGACAAUAACGGUACUUCAUCCAUUGGACGGAGCACGGAGGGCGAUGAAGAUUCCAAUGUUGUUUAUAAUCGAAUUUGUGUUUCAUUACAAUUACUGAUUGAUGAAGCCCAGACAGCCCUUCAGAAAAAUUCAUCUAUGAAGCAGUUUUCCACUUCCGAGGCAAAGGCACGGCAGACACCAACGGAAAGUCAUUUGAAAUUAGACUGGACAAUUAUGCACAGUGGCGUUAUAGACAAUGUUGGCUCCAAACAUGAAUUACCUAGUCGUAGACCCGCCAGAAAUUCACUCACACUUCUUACUGCAACCAAGAUGCAGGAUAGCAACUCUUCAAUCCUAGAGCCCUCCGAUUACUCCCCACUCUCGUUUUAUUCUGCUAAUGACGAAGUCUCGAGAAUAUACUGGAGGCAGAAGCAUGAUGAGCAACAUGAUCGCUAUAGGAAAUCAUGUCAAAGACUUACAUUGGAGUUGGACGAACGGUUUCACGGUCUGACGACGGAUUCUGAUGACUCUGAGGCAAACUUUGGAUCUUUAACACGACGAUCAAAAGGCAGUUCAUCAAAUCUAUCAUUAUCAUCACUAACACAAUCAAGUACGCCCCCAACGCCCACAUCAUCAUCGCAACCGUUGCAGGGUAUCCUACGAUCCUCCAAAACAGAUGAACGCAGGAAGGAACGACUCAAGAAAAAAUAUCAGGUUCAAUUCUUGAACCCUGACAUUGAUGGAUCAAAUUCCCGACAGGAUACAAUGUUAUCCACAUCGUCUUACCGACAACAAAAAACACAAGGACAACAGCCAGAAGAGGCGCGCCAGCAGCUGAUGCAACGGCAAUAUACCAGUCGGAGUGUUGGGUCGAAUCGGUCUCGAGGCGUACUUUUGCAACUGUAUGAACUUUGGCAGCAGACAUGGCUGCGGACACGGAUUAUGCAUGUUGUUACAGGAUCUGUAGAGAUCGUGAUUAUUAUCUGGGUGGUGAUCAAGGCGAGCCGUGCAACGCUAACAUGGUUUGGAAUCCAACCCUCGAGCAUGAAUCAACUAAUCACGUUUGUCUAUGGAUACCGCAAUGAAGCUGAUACAGGAGCCAAACAACUCUAUGAAAAGAUUCGCAAGGAUGGCUUGCGUCUAACUCAACUCAAGACGUGGAACCGAGGCGAACCAGAAUCAUUGGUCCAAGAUGUGGUGGCAGGCGCUGUCACAUUACCAGGUUUGCUUUCGCCUUCAAAUUUGGUGUAUGGUCCUGCAAAGAAAGUAGUGGGACAUGCAGUAUCAGGCGUGGCCCUUGCGCUUCUGUCAGGUGGCGCCCGACGUCUGAUCAGGAAACUGUAACCAUGAAAUAUUCCCCUUUCCAUCUUCGCAUUCAUCCUCACUUGUAAAUAGUUUAUCACAACCAUCGUCAUCAUCA